UGAACCAGCAGUCUGACUUGUCUGAGCAACUUUCUCAGCCUGUCGUCUGGCUCUGAACUCUGCCAACUUUUGCUCCAUGGAUAAUGAAAAAGCGGUAGCUGGGACAGUUCAUUCACAACUUCUAUUGGCUCACGGAUAGUGUGUCGCAAGAAGCCUCCAACUGUCGCCGUUUUACGACAUUUUACCAGUUCUGGUGCUAGCUUGGUGAUUGUUUUCAUCUGAGCUACAGCAGCUUCAUUUUGUCGUGGCUCUCCGUUUUCUCUGCAGACAUGGCCUCAGCUCCAGCACAGCAGCCCACUCUGACUGUUGAGCAGACCAGAGUGGUCUUGAGCGAGGUGAUCCAGGCCUUCUCGGUACCAGAGAAUGCCGCACGGAUGGAGGAGGCUCGAGAGAGCGCCUGCAACGACAUGGGCAAGAUGCUGCAGCUCGUGCUCCCUGUGGCCACCCAGAUUCAGCAAGAGGUUAUCAAAGCUUAUGGAUUCAACAAUGAGGGAGAAGGUGUCCUUAAAUUUGCCAGAUUGGUGAAGAUGUAUGAAACCCAGGACCCAGAAAUUGCAGCCAUGUCAGCUAAACUGAAAUCUCUCCUCCUGCCACCACUGUCAACACCACCUAUAGGAGGCGCCAUUCCAGCUUCCUAGGAAAUAUUUGCUUUCAUAAGUCCAUUGCAAGGAUACUUCCAUUUAAACUUUGUAAUACAGUGCAGUUAUGAGUAGAUCCAAUAUGCUGUCUCCCAUCCUGUCUUUCUGUGGAGAAGUUGUUUAAAAACACUAAUGUUCCAACACACACACACUUUCUAGUUUAAAGUACCCUUGCUUAAUUAUUGCUUUUUCUUAUUGUGUAUUUAUUUACCACGUUACACUAUGACCAUUUUCUUGCAUUACUGAACCUUAAUCAUUUCCUUUGUCAUCUUUUGUACCAUUUUUAUAUGCCGUAAAGUGUCAGCUUUUGUUUUUUGGUUAAAUUAAAAUGUUUUCUCUGA